GGAAGGAGGUGGCAACGCGCACCCAGCCUACUUCCUCAAUUUAUCCAGAAGUUACAGCCCCCUGCCUACACUAAAGUAUUGUAGUUUCUGGAGUAUGAGGUGUUUUCCUCGCACAGCAAGCUACGUUAUACAUUUUUAAUGGUUUUGAAAGGGACCGGCAUCUCCUCAAAAUGAAUUAUCUCUCAUCAAUGUUUUGGAGUGAGAGUUUUUGGCUGCCACCGAAUGUUACUUGGGCGGAACUCGAGCACCCACCACCAGGAGAGGAGUACCCUAAAGCUGGACACUUAGUCGCCUGCUUACCGCUGGCUUUCGGCGUACUUGCUCUCAGGGUGUUAUUUGAGAGGCUAGUGGCCAAGCCCUGUGCCCAUAUACUUCAGAUUGAGCCUGGAGUGAGCCGGCGAGCCCAGCCCAAUGCUGUCCUGGAGAGGGUGUUUGCAUCCACGGCGAGUCCUGAUUCACGGCGGAUCGAGGGACUGUCAAAGCAGCUUGACUGGGACGUUAGGAAAGUCCAGAGAUGGUUCAGACUCCGGAGGAACCAGGAUAAGCCAAGUACACUCACAAAGUUUUGCGAGAGCAUGUGGAGGCUGACGUUUUAUACCGGUAUAUUUAUGUAUGCGAUUCGCCAUCUCUGGGUGUCUCCUUGGAUGUGGGACACAAGGCAAUGCUGGUACAACUACCCGUUUCAGGCACUGAGCCCUGGUCAGUACAACUACUAUGUUGCAGAGCUAGCCUUCUACUGGUCACUCAUGUUCUCCCAGUUCACAGACAUCAAAAGGAAGGAUUUCCUCAUCAUGUUUGUCCAUCACCUGGCCACCAUAACCCUCAUCACAUUCUCCUACUGUAACAACAUGCUACGGGCUGGCACGUUGGUCAUGUGUGUGCACGACGCCGCCGACAUCUUCCUGGAGCUUGCCAAGUUGGCCAACUACGCAAAGUACCAGCGGAUUUGUGACACAGCCUUUAUAGUGUUCAGCAUCAUCUUCUUCAUCACACGACUUGUCAUCUAUCCCUUUUGGGUCAUAUACAGUGUGUUAGUGGAGAGCUGGGAGAUAAUCGGUCCGUACCAGUCCUGGUGGCUGUUGAAUGGCCUGCUGCUGCUCCUGCAGGUUCUUCAUGUUAUCUGGUUCUACCUCAUCGCUCGAAUCGCCAUCAAAGCCUUAUUUAAGGGCAAGGUGGCAAAGGACGACCGCAGUGACAUCGAGAGCAGUUCGGAAGAUGAGGCAGACAACAAAAGCAAGACGAGGAACAACUCGCGUCAGAACGGUAGCGAACAGUCGCCAAAAGAGGGCAACGGCUUUGCCUACAGUGGAAAACGAGACCACUGAGAGAAGUGAACAUGAACUGGACACGGGGGGGUCCUCUGAAAUGGAUCCUCUGCUGUGUGCCACUUCAGUGGCUUCUUGCCUCUGUUGACCUGUAUGGCAAAUCUCUAUUGGCUUUCAGAAAAACGUGGCCUUCCAAAUCAUUGUGGAUGAAGACUGAAGAUAAAAUGGACAAUGAAUGCUGCCUUAAAGACCUCUAGAUAUCACUGUGUUAUUCUUGGUUUACAACUUGGCCUUUACUUAUUAGUGGAAACAGGAGUUUUUCAUAGAGGUUUUACUGGUCAAUUACUGCUUGUGCUUAAUUUCUACAAUGUCAUUUUGAUAUAAAAAAAUACUUUGAGAGCUUUAUCAGUGUAAUAUUUUAAUGGUUGUGGGAGAUUGUUAGUAUUGUGUGCCUUACUGAAAACAUGCUGCCUCCUCAUCUGAGGGAAAUAAAGAUACCAAAUAGAAAUUCUGUAUUUUUCUCAUUAAAAAUCUUUUAUUUGAA